AUGUCUAAAGGCAAUGGUACUAACUGUACUCGCAUGAUUCCUAACUCAGCAGUAGAGUUUUUUAGCUAUGAGGAAGCAUCUAAGGGGAUUUUAUACUUCUACCGGCAGCAAUCAGGAAAUGAGGAUGCUCAACUCACUCCACUUCUACGCCUUGGAGCUGGUUCAUGUGCUGGAAUUAUCGUCAUGUCUGCCACUUAUCCAAUGGAUAUCACUGAGAAGUCGCCUCACCAGUAUAAAGGAAUCUUCCAUGCUCUUUCAACAGUAUUAUGGGAAGAAGGUCUCCAUGCUUUGUACAAAGGUUGGUUACCAUCUAUAAUAGGUGCUACUUAUGCUAGGAAGAUGAGUUGCAUUUCUGGUUUGCUUGAGCUAGUGUUUGUUUGUUGGUUUUUAUAUGGCAUAUAUCUGUUCAUUGCCAAACAAUUGAAGUCCAAUGUACCCCACGUGGGUCUUAACUUUGUGGUUUAUGAAUCUUUGAAAGACUGGUUGCUCAAAAGCAACCAUUUGGGCUAG